AUGCAAUGUCUAUGCCGAACCCGGCUGAUUUUGCACCACCUGAGACCAUCCAUCAAACCCAAGCCUGUGGGCUUGCGAUCCUCCCAUCAACCAACAAGCCAUCCAAUGCAAGCCACCAAGUCCGAGAGUACUUCUCGGAGUCUGACGCCUCGGCUUGACCGUGAAAAAAAUUCUUCCAACGAUAAGCCGCGGACAAACUCUGCGCCUAGACCGCCCAUAAUUGGUGAAACGGCCCGUGUUUCCCCAUCAUCCGCUAGUGGUGAUGAUUUCCAUCGCGGUGUCGACCGGCUGGCUAUUUCUCAAGGGAAUAGCGAUAGUGCAAUACGGCGCAAAGCCACACCAGUCAAACAGCAAGAGACACCACUGUCAAGCGACCAAGAGUCUUCAGAUCAGCGGACCACAGCAAGCGACGCAGAGGACGAAGACGAGGAAGACGACAGUGAAAUCUUGAAAAUAAUGGAAAAAUUGCCUAGGGGCGUGGAUCCGCAGUCAGCGAAGCAAAUUCUGAACGACAUCGUGGUGCGCGGUGACGAACGCGCAGCAGCAGGCCGCGAACAAACAAGCCGCGAGAAGAAGGAAGGCGACGCUAGUCGCGUCCUCGUCUUAGCGGCUACCAAUAUGCCUUGGGAUAUCGAUGAGGCUGCACGUCGCCGCUUCGUCCGUCGCCAGUACAUCCCCUUGCCCGAACACCAUGUCCGCGAGCAGCAGAUACGCAGACUUCUCAGUCAUCAGCAUCACGAGCUGAGUGAUGCGGAUAUCCAGGUUCUGGUACAGGUGACAGAAGGCUUCUCCGGUUCAGACAUAACAGCCCUCGCUAAAGAUGCGGCCAUGGGCCCCCUGCGUAAUCUGGGUGAGGCCCUCCUACACACGCCUAUGGACCAGAUCCGCGCCAUUAUCUUCCAGGACUUCGAGUCAAGUUUGUAUUCCAUUCGCCCUAGUGUUUCCUCCGAUGGGCUUCGGAAAUAUGAAGAUUGGGCGAGGGAAUUUGGUGAGCGAGGUGGAUAG